AUAAUUUCCGCCUGAUAAUAAUUUCAAACAUUGAUUACUACAGAGUAAAGCUGGCCAAUCCUUUCGUUAUCCGAUGGCUUUGAAAUUGGUCAAAGACGCCCCAACAGUGUGGAACUUUUUACAUGGUGUUAUCAAUCUCUACAAGCCGGCAGGAGUGACGACCCACCAAGUCCGGAACACUGUUAUUAACAACCUAUGUCGAGAACUGAAUCAACUUGACGUGCGUCCUGCUCUUCAGCGAAUAGCUAUUGAAGACGGUUUCAAAUCUCAAUUGGUGGUCCGAAAAGUGGAAGAUCUUUCGGACAACGUUCUUGUGGCUGGACCCCGAUAUCACCCAGAGGAUUUAAAGUGUAGAUUUUGCGCAAACCAUGGCAAAUUCACGAGUGGUGUGACAAUCCUUGGGAUCAACAAAGGCACGAACCUUGCUUUCCAGUUACAGCAAAAUCGUGCCUUACGUGUGUACUUGGUGACUGGAUUUUUGGGGAAAGCAACUGAAACGCACUUUGACGAAUCGAGGGUUACCGCACGUGCCACUGUGAAGCAUAUAGGAUCGGAAAAAAUCGGUCGUUUACUGGCAUCAAUACAAGCAUCUCAUCAGAGAAAGAUGUUUGAACUAAGCGGAAUCGACAUACAAUCACAAGCCGCAUACGAACUGGCAUGUAAAGGUACCAUUCGACCGGCCGAUAACAGACAACCCAUGAUCUACGGCAUUCGGUUAACGGAGUACAGGAAGCCUUUCUUCACAAUGGAAAUUCAUGCGAUCAACGAAACGGAAGCUUAUAUUGGCGAACUGGUACACGAAAUCGGAAUCAAUUUGAAAUCAUGUGCGCAUUGUGUUAGUAUACGAUGUAUACGGCACGGGCAUUUCUUGCUAGAAAAUUCGUUGUUGAGAAAAGACUGGAACCUGCAAACUAUUCUCAGCGGAAUGGCGCACACGAACAAGCUCGUCAGACAAUAUCCAGAAAUGCUGGCGCAGGAAAGUUCGGCUCUACAAGGUAUCGACAUGGAGGAGGAAUAACCCAUCUAGUAAUAUCAAUAAAUCAAGCGCCAGGCACUUUCCUUGGACUUAAGGCGACGCAAAAUGAUCAUGAAUCGAGAAAAUUAAGUUGUUGACAAGACUGUAACAAGAAGCAAGACUAGUGGGCGAAGGCUAGCUUUUAUUGCUUGCUUUGUUGUCUGAAGGUAGGUCACACAGAAUGCCUUUCUGUGA